AUGGAGAGGUUUGUCAAGGAGAGCAUGAACAUCAAGGAUGUCCCAGAGGUCAUGAAGAUCAGCAGUUUCAUAAACGGGCUAAAGCAUGCACAACUAUGUGAGAAACUGGGGGAAGAGUUCCCUCACUCGUUUGACAACCUCAUGGAUAGGGUCAGAGCUUUUGUCAGGGGAAAAGACACAGUCAGCAAAGCUAAGGAGACGGACGUCACACCCCGAAGGGUCACCCCAGCUGCAAAACUUCUUGACAAAGGUACACCCUAUUCCAGAAAACCUACUUUUGAUAGAAUGUUGCACGAUAGAGCCCGACCCUCGUACUCCCCAUACAGGCCUCGGGGGAGAGGCCCACCCCCUUACUCUGACAGUUUCACCCCUCUCACCAAAACACCGAGCGAAAUACUGGCCACUAAGAGGUUGAAAAACUCCUUCCCAAGGCCACCACCCAUAAAACCUGUGCCAAAGGCACAACCAAGCGAAUAUUGUGAUUUUCACAAAGGAUUUGGCCACAAAACAGACGACUGCAUGUACCUAAAAAGAGAAAUAGAGGCCGCAGUGAAAACGGGAAGACUGGCCCAUUUGGUUAAGGAAAUUAAGGAGGGAGGAGGGGAUCGCAAAGGGAAAGAUGCAAGGGAGCCUGGGAGGGCAGACGUAGAUAUGAUUAGAAGGAGGAAUGAAUUUGAUACUACCCGAAGUGUAAAGGCCAGAAUCCUGGGCUCCCCAGACUGCAUGAGAGCUCCCAUCCUCAUGCCACACUUGGAGGAAAACGAAGUGCAACGACUCCCCCUCAACAUCUCAGCCAUAAUAGCUGGUCACAAGGUAUCCCGGAUACAUGUGGACGGGGGAUCCGGAGUGGAAGUAAUAUAUUAG